UCUAAUCGUUAAUAAUUUGACGUUUUCAUUGUACAUUAAUCUAACACGUCAGCUACGAAGGGAGAGGAUUUUGACAAAAUUGUGUAAAAAAUUGUCUUAAUUAUUCUUCUAGUUCUAUAAAAGUGUUCUAAAUCGUAUAAACAAAUUUGUGAAAAUGGUUUUGAUAGCUGCGGCGGUGUGUACAAAAAAUGGCAAAGUGAUUAUAUCACGACAGUUUGUCGAGAUGACGAAAGCACGUAUUGAGGGAUUGCUUGCCGCUUUUCCAAAGCUGAUGACCUCCGGAAAACAACAUACUUACGUGGAGACCGAGUCGGUGCGUUAUGUCUAUCAACCAAUGGAGAAGCUUUAUAUGUUGCUAAUCACAACAAAAGCCAGUAAUAUUUUGGAAGAUUUGGAGACACUUCGUUUGUUUUCCAAAGUUAUUCCUGAAUAUUGCCAUAGUUUAGAUGAGAAGGAAAUUCUUGAGAAUGCAUUCAAUUUGAUUUUCGCUUUUGAUGAAAUUGUCGCGCUUGGGUAUCGCGAGAGCGUCAAUUUGAAACAGAUCAAAACCUUUAUUGAAAUGGACUCACACGAGGAGAAGGUAUAUCAAGCAGUACGUCAAACUCAAGAGCGUGAGGCGCAUCAAAAAAUGCGUGAAAAGGCUAAAGAGUUACAGCGUCAACGCUUGGAGGCUGCCAAGCGUGGUGUUAGUAGUUCACUGAUCGGACGUGGUAGUCAUGGUAGCAGUAACAGCAGUGGCAUGGACGCUUUUGGCAUCAGUUCCAAUUCGAUAAGCAGUGCACCGUCAAUUGAGUCCGAGUUGAAACCAGCGGUUACAAAGACCCAAAAACCAGUUGCACGUAAUGCUUUGAAAUUGGGUGGCAAAACGAAAGACGUCGACAGUUUCGUUGAUCAACUGAAGAGCGAGGGUGAAAAGAUUUCCGCUUUGACACCUGUAAAUAGUCAAAACAGCGUGGCCGUGGCCAAAACAAAAAUUGCUUCAGAUGUGCAUACUGAGAGCGUGCACCUUAAAAUGGAAGAUAAGCUUACUGUGCGCCUUGGACGUGAUGGCGGCUUGCAACAAUUCGAGCUAUCCGGUUUACUUACGCUGCGUAUUUCGGAUGAAAACUUCGGUCGUAUUAAGGUGCAAUUACGUAACAAUGACACACAUGGCAUACAACUACAAACACAUCCUAAUGUGGAUAAGGAGCUCUUCAAGACGCGCUCAAUAAUCGGGCUGAAAAAUCCAGCUAAACCAUUCCCAUUAAACACAGAUGUCGGUGUAUUGAAAUGGCGUUUUAUUACACAGGAUGAAGCUGCCAUACCCUUGACAAUUAAUUGCUGGCCUUCUGAGAAUGGCGAAGGCGGUUGUGAUGUAAACAUCGAGUACGAGUUAGAAGCGCAACAUUUAGAAUUGCAAGAUGUCACUAUCUCCAUACCAUUGCCCAUGAAUGUACAGCCGUCGGUAGCUGAAUAUGAUGGCACAUACAAUUAUGAUGCACGCAAGCAUAUACUACAGUGGAACAUACCCAUCAUUGACCGAAACAAUACAUCUGGCUCGAUGGAAUUCAGCUGCAAUUCAUCAAUUUCAGGCGAUUUCUUUCCACUACAGGUCAACUUCGUAUCGAAAACGCCAUAUGCUGCUCUAAGCGCCACAGACGUGUUGCUUAUUGAUGACGAUAGCACAGUAAAAUAUUCUACUGAAACGAUGCUUUUUGUUGAAAAAUAUGAAAUUGUUUAAAAGUUAGUAAUAUAAAUCACUUACACUUUCCACAUUAAGCAUGUGUGUAACAUAAGUUACCAAUUGCAGGAAAAAAAUUAUCAUAUUACAUGAAUUCUUACCAUUUUACUUAUACAUAUAUAUACUGUUUGUUUUCACUGGCUCAAACAUACAUACAUAGUUACGUUGUUGCGUUGAGAAAUAACCAAAAUAGCAUAGCAAUUGAAAAAUGUAAACUUUAAAAUGGUAUAAUCUCGGUAUUUCUUGUUAAUAGUCUGUAAACUAACAGUAUAUUGUAAUUCCAAACAUAUAUUACGACAUAAUUUUAUAUAUAUAUCUGAUUUAUAACUUAAAAAUGAUUUUUUGUUGGCCAAACACUAUAUAAAUAUGAUAAUGAUAUACAUAUAUGUAAGCAUUGAUUGCAAUGAUUUAUAAUGCAGAUAUAUUCAGAAAUAAAUAUUUAGGUUAUGAAACUAUA